GUUGGAGGCGGGAGUGAAGUCUCGCGAGAAGAGGCGGUUGCCCGUAGCGGAGCCUUCUGGCUGUGUGUCUGAAGAUCCGCCGCCCGAGUCGCGGACGGUUUGUUGAACCCGUUAGUGCCCCUGCCGUGACUCACGCCGCCGUCAUGUCCCGCUACCUGCGCCCCCCCAACACGUCUCUGUUCGUAAGGAACGUGGCCGACGAUACCAGGUCUGAAGAUUUACGACGCGAAUUUGGUCGUUAUGGUCCUAUAGUUGAUGUGUAUGUUCCACUUGAUUUCUACACUCGCCGUCCAAGAGGAUUUGCUUAUGUUCAAUUUGAGGAUGUUCGUGAUGCUGAAGAUGCUUUACAUAACUUGGACAGAAAAUGGAUUUGUGGUCGCCAAAUUGAAAUACAGUUUGCACAGGGGGAUCGGAAGACUCCAAAUCAGAUGAAAGCCAAGGAAGGGAGGAAUGUGUACAGUUCUUCACGCUAUGAUGAUUAUGACAGAUAUAGACGUUCUAGAAGCCGAAGUUAUGAACGAAGGAGAUCAAGAAGUCGGUCCUUUGAUUACAACUAUAGAAGAUCUUAUAGUCCUAGAAAUAGACCGACUGGAAGACCACGGCGUAGCAGAAGCCAUUCCGACAAUGAUAGAUUCAAACACCGAAAUCGAUCUUUUUCAAGAUCUAAAUCCAAUUCAAGAUCACGGUCCAAGUCCCAGCCCAAGAAAGAAAUGAAGGCUAAAUCACGUUCUAGGUCUGCAUCUCACACCAAAACUAGAGGCACCUCUAAAACAGAUUCCAAAACACAUUAUAAGUCUGGCUCAAGAUAUGAAAAGGAAUCAAGGAAAAAAGAACCACCUAGAUCCAAAUCUCAGUCAAGAUCACAGUCUAGGUCUAGGUCAAAAUCUAGAUCAAGGUCUUGGACUAGUCCUAAGUCCAGUGGCCACUGAUAGUAUAAACCACGAUAUUUUUAGGCAUGUAUCAUUCAUUUACUCAUAGUUUGGUUUACUUAAAUUAUCAGGAAUACAAUGUUGCAAUGAUGCUUACAAAACACUUGUCAGUUUUCCCUGUACCAGGCAAUGGUUAUAAUUAAAAUGAUAUGCUGUUGAGAAGCCACUCUUAAGAGUCCAGUUUGUUUAAUGUUAUGGGCAGCUACCAAUUUGUGGUGUCUCUGUAUAUUUUUGUAAAGAUUCUCAUUUUUUAUGCUUGAAGUUUGGUGAAAAGAUGUUGGUUGACCAUAAUUUGCAACAUUGUUUAUUAAAAAUAAACUUUCAUAUCCAUAUUUGGUAGACCUGUUAACCUAGAAAUGUAGCUUGCUAAUAAGAUAGAAUGAUACAAAAGUGAAGUUGUAGCCACAGUACACUGACUGAUCAGACACAUUUAGGUUCAGGGUGGACCUUUUUGUCUUGUCAAGAUGUCUAGGCCCGUGAGAAUAGUUAUUUAUGACACAGUGUGGAAUAGUUCUUUUAUUAACCCCAUUGUCUUAGGGAAUGAUGCCAACUGGGUUAAGUAGCAUUUUCAGAGAUUGAGUUUUUGACUGAAACAUGGAGCCUUCACUGCUUUUUUUCUGGUUUCGGUGAAGAUUUGAAACAUAACAAACAUCAGAAAAACUCACCUUAAAAAUUGAAGCAGGUCAAUGAUGGCAGAAAUAAUUUUAAGGGGAGAAGAAUGCUCUUACGUAGUUACUCUAAACUUGAAGGAACAUUGUUGACCGUAAUACUGUUUUGUUUUCUUGCUGCUGUUAAAAGCAAGUCAGUUGUUUCAAAGUAGGUUUGUGUGUGUGCAUAGUAUAAAAGAACUGAAUUUUGAUGCUUAUAGCACUUAGUGUGUGCAUUUGUAUCAAAAUUUGCCUACUUCUUUAUGAAGGAGGCUUGUUCUUCAUAUCUCGGUUUAUUUAAUAUGAGGCAAGUUGAAAGGCAGCACUCCCAUUCUAGGUGAUUCUGUGGUGCCAUGAAAUUUAAAAUAAUUUUGGAAAAUAAUUGACUAAGUAUGAGUCACAUUUCUGAGUUUUUGAUUGAUUAUCAUUGUGUAGUAGUACCCGACUAAAAGUGAGAAAAUAACACCCUUAACCAUUUACAAUUUCUAGCAUUUCUCUGAAAGAUCAUUUGGGGGGCAAUAAAAGUGACUUGAACAUGUCCAAUCUCAUUUCACAAUAAAAGCUAGCAUCCUUAAAAAUUUUAGAUUGCUUGCUUGCAGGUUAUAAGUAAGAAAUAUUGUGAGGAAAUUAUUCCGUUUAGAGGAUUGGGUGGGCGGGUUUUGUUGGGUUUUUUUGUUUUUGUUUUUGUUUUUUUUUUUCAAUUUUAGUUUUAGUAAUCUAGGCCUUGCCUGUAAAGAACAAAAGAUGGUUUUUAAAUACUGUUUGUGGAAUGUGUUUAAAGGAUUGAUUCUAGAACCUUUGUAUAUUUGAUAGUAUUUCUAACUUUCAUUUCUUUACUGUUUGCAGUUAAUGUUCAUGUUCUGCUAUGCAAUCAUUUAUAUGCACGUUUCUUUAAUUUUUUUAGAUUUUCCUGGAUGUAUAGUUUAAACAAAAAGUCUAUUUAAAACUGUAGCAGUAGUUUGCAGUUCUAGCAAAGAGGAAAGUUGUGGGGUUAAACUUUGUAUUUUCUUUCUUAUAGAAGCUUCUAAAAAGGUAUUUUUAUAUGUUCUUUUUAACAAAUAUUGUGUACAACCUUUAAAACAUCAAUGUUUGGAUCAAAACAAGACCCAGCUUAUUUUCUGCUUGCUGUAAAUUAAGCAAACAUGCUAUAAUAAAAACAAAAUGAAGGAAAUAAUGAUUAACUGGAAUUAUUAUAGUUUUUGAUGAGAUUCUAAAGUAACAGUGGAAACAAUCCUUUGUAGAUUUAGGAAUAGUUUUGAUCAGUGUUGCACUAGGCACAACUAACUUUUACUUUGGAAAUGAUAGAACUUACCAGCAAGGUACAUCUUUUACAGAGUACUUAAAAAUUCUUCAAUGUCAAAGCCCCUUUGGGUUAAACAACUUGGAGGUUAUUGGUAGUGUUAAGAUACGUAUUAAAAUGAAAUUUAGGUCAGCUAAUUAUAAGUUCAUAUUUUCAUUAUUGGAUAGAUCAAUAAUUCUGCUCUUCCCCAUCCUAAACGCGAUGUGUUGGGCCUUAUGUUUUAUGGUGUGAUUUAAAAUACUUUGGCAUUGAAUGUUGGUGAGCAGUUAAUAUUUAUUAAGUGAUAACCAUUUGGGGGAACUGGUUUUGGUGUUUUGUGGUUUGGAGUCUAGUUGCUAUAUAAAGACAAUUAUAACUGAUAUUUAUUACUUAUGAUGUGCCAGACACCGUUCUAAAAGCUUUAUGUGUUAACUCAUUUACUCUUCACAAAACCCUAUGAGAAAGAUACUUUUAUUUUCCCCAUAUUACAGAUAAGGAAAUUGAGACACAAAGAAAGGCUAUGAAGGGCAAACCCAGAAUUUAAGUCCAGGCCUGGUCCUUAUAUAAUGUUUUUUUUAAUGGACUAUAAUUUGAGAGAUAAAUUGAGGAGAUUGUUCUCAGUCUCUGUGUAGAAUUAGAAGGCCUGAUAUUUUCAUUUUUCACGUCACUUAUUUUUAGACUCGAUAUUUUCAAGGAAUUUAUGUUAUUUCUAAAGUGACAUGUAAUGGCUUCAAAAGGACUAGAUUCUAGUUGAACCCAUGGUAGUUAGGAUCCUGCUGAUGAGGAUCCUUACACAGUGCUUUAAUUUGGGAUUACAUACUUGAGUUCCACAAUUACUGAAAACUGUGUGUCUGGCACUCUGCUCGAUAUAUUAGAGUAGAACAUAUCAAGACUCAAGUGAGGGCUGACAUUUCACCUGUUUUUUACUUAAGAUCUCUGCGUUAUUUUUUUAAGCCAAGUAAGCAAGAAGAAAAAUGACAGAUAAUGCUUCAGUGGGAAAGGAAAGGUGCUACAUAGAGUAUGAGCUAUUAAGUGACAGCCCAGGGCAAAGACCUGGGAACUAUUGUACUAUUCUCUUGAAAAUUUGGCCCAGUAAGCUGCUACAUCCAGUUCAACUAACAAAAUCCUGUAUACCACAGAGAAGAAUAAAGAAAACCAAACUGACAAACAUCCUUCUUUUA